GAAACAGCUUACACGUUUAUAGUAGACUUCAUUCUCUCUCUCUCUCUCUCUCUCUCUCUCUCUCUCUCUCUCUCUCUCUCUCUCUCUCUCUCUCUCUCUCUCUCUCUCUCUCUCUCUCUCUCUCUCUCUCUCUCUCUCUCUCUCUCUCUCUCUCUCUCUCUCUCGCACACAGGAAUCUCUGCCACGCAACAUGCAAGUAACUCUGAACAUCUCACCUGUUUCUGACUCUGAUCCUGUUACUCCAAACAAAAGGUUUUGGCUCUUAUAACUUAGUGGUUGGCAAUAAUUAUUAGCUGAAACAGUUGGAAAGCAUUUUUUACUUAGUUAGAAUACUAAUUAUUGUGAUAAUUAAUCACUUUCUUUCUGCUGAGUAAAAUAACUUAAAUUUAGAUGGGAACUUCUCAAGGACAGCCAAAUUCAGCUUGUAUUAAUUCAUCAUCUAAUGGUAGUAGCAGUCAAGGAACUAAUGUUUCUUAUGAAACAAGCAACAUGGAGAAGCAAUUCUCUACCUUGGAAUCAUCUCAAGCAUCCGUUGAUUUCACAGCUUUUCAUUUUGACAAUAACAUGAAUGGAUCGCCGAUAAGUGAUGACUAUAGAGCAGAUAAUAACAGCUUUGAAUUGAAGAAAAAACUUAAAGACUUGGAGGUUUCAUUGUUAGGCCCCGAGUCGGAUAUCGUCGAUAGCUGUCAGUCUUUCUCAAAUGGUAGCCGGCACAAAGGCGUGUCUCAACAUAAUUGGUCUAAGAUUGUAGAAAUGAUUCCAAAACUAGACUUGAAAGAAGUUCUUAUUACAUGUGCACAAGCUGUUUCUGAUGGUGAUAUUGAAUCAGCAUCAGGAUACAUGAACAAUGUGUUAGGAAAAAUGGUAUCGGUCAGCGGUGAUCCGAUUCAGAGGUUAAGUGCUUACAUGUUGGAAGGUUUAAGAGCAAGGUUGGAAUCAUCAGGGAGUGUAAUUUAUAAAGCACUGAAAUGUGACGAACCGACAAGUAACGAAUUAAUGAAUUAUAUGCAAAUAUUGUAUCAUGCUUGCCCAUAUUUUAAGUUUGCUUACAUAUCUUCCAAUGUUUUCAUUUGUGAAGCAUUGGAAAAUGAGUCAAGAAUUCACAUAAUUGACUUCCAAAUUGCACAAGGGACACAAUGGUUGUCACUUUUGCAGGCUCUUACGCGUAGACCAGGUGGACCUCCGUUUGUUCGUGUGACAGGUAUCGAUGAUUCACGAUCGUUUCAUGCUAGAGGUGGAGGAAUUCAUAUUGUAGGAAAAAAGCUAGCAGAUUAUGCUAAAACUUGUGGAGUUCCAUUUGAGUUUCAUAGUGUUGCAAUGUUUGGAAGUGAUGUUCAAUUGGAAGAUCUUGUAGUUCGAAAUGGUGAAGCUCUUGCUGUGAAUUUUCCUUUUGCUUUGCAUCAUAUGCCGGAUGAGAGCGUGAGCACAGAGAAUCAUAGAGACCGGCUUUUGAGAUUGGUGAGUAGUUUGUCACCUAAGGUUGUGUUACUUGUGGAGCAAGAAUCCAACACAAACACUUCUCCAUUUUUUCAAAGGUUUGUUGAGACUUUGGAUUAUUAUACUGCUAUGUUUGAAUCAAUUGAUGUGGCUCUUCCUAGAGAUGAUAAGAAGAGGAUCAGUACAGAACAACACUGCGUGGCUCGCGAUAUUGUUAACAUUAUAGCUUGUGAGGGAGAUGAGAGGGUUGAAAGACAUGAACUUUUUGGAAAGUGGAGGGCAAGAUUUUCAAUGGCGGGUUUUGUACCGUUACCAUUGAGUCCCUCGGUAAUUGAUUCAAUUAGAAAUCUCUUGAAACAUUUCAAUGAAAAUUAUAGAAUUGAAGAGACAGAUGUUGCUAUCUAUUUAGCAUGGAAAAGUAGAUUUAUGUGCACAUUUUCUGCUUGGAGAUGUUCUUGAUAGGGUCGGCUCAAGACAAAGGCUUAGAGUUAGGUGAGGACUCGUAGUGAAGAAAUCAUGAGAGUGGAUUCGUAUCUGCAAUUUUUGUUAGAUAUCAAAAUAGAGGUGAGGCUAUAAAAUUAGUAGUAUACGUAGGGGUGAAUAGGGUGAACUGAGCGGCCUAAAGCAAAGACUUGUCCGACUUUGUGCCUGGGUUGACUUGACUUACUGUUAUAGGUAUAUGAAUACAUUUUUCUUGUUUGUUCUUCCUUUGUUUAUCUUUAGUGACAAUGUUUCGCGAUUGGACUUGGGAUUUAGCUAUGUUCCAAUGUGGAUCCUCCUCCAUUUUUGCAGUCUUAAGAGUUUAAUAUAGUACCAACUUUCAAAA